AUGGUAAUGAUAAGAUAUUCUACUCAAUCUUAUUAUUCUACUUAUGGUUGGCGUUUAAAAUUUAAAAAACUUUUUCUUAUUAUUUUUUUUGGUUAUAUUAUAUUUUUUACAAUAUCAAAUUUAACAACAACAACAUCUAUUGAUAAUGAUAAUAAUAUAAAUAAUAGUACUAAUAUUAAAGAAAAAAGUAAAACAAUAAAUGAUAAUGUUAAAACAUUUUUAACAAAUAAUUCUAUCAAUGAUAUAUUGAUAGAAUCAGGUACUGGUGGUAAUUGGUCUCAAUUAAUGGAAGAAUUGACAGAAUCUAUUAGAAAUUUUUCAAGAGAUUUAAAUUUUUUGAAUAUUGAUAAAAGUUAUAAAGCAAGAGAAUAUGGGUUAAAAAUUGAUAGUCUCAAAGAAUGUUCUUUAUUAAAUGGUAAUAUAUCAUUAAAUAAUAAUGAAACUGAUACCAAGUCUAUUGAGACAAAAAAAGAUGAAGAAACUGAUACUGUUUUUCAUUUUAUUUCAUUAAUAUUGGAUGAUAAUAAAGAUGUCAAUAAAACUAAAGAAUUAAUUAAAGAUAAAAGUAGAUUAAAAGAAAUAGGAAUGGACGAAAAAUUAUUAGAUACAUACAAGGCAAUUUAUAUAGAUUUUAAAGAAAUUUGCCAAAAUUAUCCUGAUAAUAAGUGGUAUAAUACUACAGAAGAAGCAAUACAAUUAAAUAUUAUUGAUGGUAAAUUAAUUUGUUCACCAUUUACUGUAGAAUUAACACCAAGUAAAGAAAGUAUGAAAGAAUUAGAAGAAAAAUUAAAUAAAAUUGUUAUUGAAUAUAUUAUUAACAAUGAAAAUAAUUAUAUUGAUCCUUUUAAUGGAAAUUUUACUAGUUUACAAAGUUUUUUUAAUAAAACAGAAAUAAAUAAAGAAAAUUUAUCUGAAUAUUUAGAAAAAAUAGAAAAAUUAUUAGAAGAAAAUAAUUUAAUUGAAAAAAUUAAUACUAGAAUUAAACGUAAAAAUGAUGAAGAAAAGAAGGAGGAGGAGACAAAUGAUGAUAAUAUUGAAGAUGAAAAUAUUGCUGAGAAAAAAAAAGAAUGGAUGGAUGAAACUGUAAUUGAGGAAAGAGAAGUUUGGAUUGAAAUUAAUGUUAAAGAAGUUGUUUAUAGUAUUAUGGAAAUUCAUUCACCAUUAGCUGCUAAAGCACUUAAUUUAAAUAUAGAUGAGGGUGAUUUUAAACAUCAUAAACAUGUUUAUUUAUACUUAAAUGGUAUCUGUUCAUCAUAUAUGCCAGAAGUACUUGAUAAUGAUCAAGAACAUGUUGGUGAUUCAAAUGAUGAUUCAUUACCAAUAGGAGUUAAUAUAACAGCAUUACAAGAAAAUGGUAUUGAUUUAAAAGAAUUAGCACAAACAUUAAGAAAUGAUACAGCAGUUAAUACAAUACUUGAUAGAGUUCAAAAUUAUAGUGAAAGAAAUCUUGGUAGUAGUUAUAUUAAACCUAUUCUUGAAAAAAUUCAUUAUGAUAUGUAUUCAGCACCUAUUGUUUUUGCUGGUAGUGCUGUCGAAGUUAGAUUUGGUAUUUAUAUAGAAUCAAUGUCUAAUUUUCAAACAACAACAAUGGAUUAUGAUAUGGAUAUAUAUUUAAUAAUGGCAUGGAGAGAUGUUCGUCUUGUUAAUAAUUAUAGUAGUCCAAUAUUAGUUAAAGAAGAAGAUGUUCUUGAAAUGAUCUGGAGACCAGAUCCAUUUUUUGCUAAUGCUAAAGAAGCUGAAUAUCAUGAAGUAACAUUUUUUAAUUUUUUAAUGAGAAUAUUUAAUGAUGGUUUAGUAUUAUAUGAAACAAGAAUAAAAUUAAAACCAUCAUGUAAUUUAAUUUUAUGCAAAUAUCCUCAUGAUUAUCAAUAUUGUGAUUUAAAAAUAAAAUCAUUUGCCUAUCCUACAACAACAGUACGUUUUGAAUGGUUUAGUGAGAAAAUACAUGCAAUUGACAAGAAUCCUGAUGUUAAAUUACCAGAAUUAUAUAUUGAUAAAUAUUAUCCAUUAUACUGUAAUAGAACAAGAAAAUCUGGUGAUUUUUCAUGUUUAAGAGCAAUGUUUAUAUUAAGAAGAGAUGUUGGAUACCAUAUAGCACAAACAUAUAUACCAACAUCAUUGGCACUUAUGUUUUCAUGGGUAGGAGUAUGGUUACCAGAAGAAUUUAUGGAAGGUAGAAUUGGUGUUGCAAUAACUGUUUUAUUAACACUAUCAACAGAAUCUGCUGGUGCUAGAGAACAUCUACCAAGUGUAUCAUACUUAAAAGCAAUUGAUUUAUGGUUUGGUUAUAUAACAGGAUUUGUAUUUUUUACUUUAUUACAAACAUUAUUUGUAAUAGGAUUUGAUAAAAAAGCAAAUAAUUUAAAAAAAAUGGUAAAAAAAAAUGAAAAAUAUUUAACAUAUGAAGAAGCACAAAAUCUUUUAAAUAAAGCAUUAAAAUAUCAUAGGUUAGGAAGAAAAUUUGACAAUCUUUGUCGUGUAUUUUAUCCAGUUACAUUCAUAUUAUUUUUAAUGAUGUACUUUUUUAUUUAUACAGAAGGUCGUCAGGAUGAUUGUAUAACUCGUUAA